UCACACGCAGUCUGUUUUAGGAUAUUGGUGCCUCUCAAUUAGUUUGAUCAGUUUGCUGCUACUUGUUGAAAUUUUGAGGAUCUUUUCACCUACAACUAUUCUUCCAAAUCUGGGAACAUGUGUACUCACUUAUGUGUAUUCUCACAUUUCAUAGCUGCAACAAGUGGCAGAAGUUAUAGCUCUGUUUCAACCAAGUAGUCAAUCCAACAAAAGACUCACUCUCCCCCAAUUACAUCAUGGCAUUUGCUGCCAGAGAUUCGGAUUGUGAUAUGUAUUGUGUCGAGUGCCAACCUCCUCUUCUGUUUAGAGGGUCUGAGGAUCUUAACGAGCAUUACAAAUUGAAACAUGACCCACUUGAUUCAUACGGGUGUGCGUUUUUAUCAUGUAGAAAACGUCUCCGACACAAGUCAUCUAUGAUGAGACAUUUCAAGGACAACCACAAGGGUUUACCUAACAUCGAUCCAAGUAGCUCUCGCGCACUAGCAUUUGAAGAAGCUACUCCAUCAACAUCACGAGAAGUAGUUGGCUCUAACCUUGGAUGCAUUACUGAUGAUGAUGAUGAUGAUGAUAGACUUAGUGUGAUAGUUGAGGGGGGAGAAACACCACCAACCCCUCCACCUGUUAAUCUUGAGGAAGAAGUAAAGAAAGCAGCAGUUCAGCUCUUGGUGGACCUCAGAUCGACAGCCAGUCUUACGGGAAAAGCUAUAGAGAGAUUUGAAAUUGGUUGCAACAACUUACUUCAACAGUUCAGUGCUUCUGCCAAGGCCAAAUUGUCAGAAUGCUUGAAAGAGAAGGGAAUGUCAGAUGUGGAUAUUGCUGAUGUUGUGAGCCAUCUUGAUGUAGAAGAUCCCUUUAAAGGCCUUAGAACUAUUGAAGAGCAACUGAAAUACUUUUCUGAAAAAUUUGGCCUAGUCAUACCUGAAGAGAAGCUCUUAGAUACAAGGAUUGACAAAAGACUGGAUCCUUCAACUAAUUCCUACAUUCAUUGUCAGGUUUUUGAAACAUUUCAGUAUAUUUCUUUGAUUGCAUCAUUGAAAGCAAUUGUUUCUAACAAGAAAUACAGAGACUUAAUCAUCAAGAGUUGUGGCAGUGAAGAUGGUGUGAUUCGGUCUCACAUGGAUGGUUCACAAUACAAGAGCCACCCGUAUAUUCAGAAACACAAGAUUGUUCUCAACAUUUUAUUGUUUUUUGAUGAACUUGAAGUUACAAACUCCUUGGGCUCAAAAACAAUUAUUCAUAAACUUGCUGCAUUUUUUUAUCAGGUUUUGAAUUUCCCCCCUGAGCUUUCAUCUGAAUUAUCUUCAAUUUUUCUGCUUACUCUAGCACAUGCUGAUGAUUUGAAGAAGAAAGGUGCAAUGGAUAGAAUCCUCAUUCCUUUAGUGCAAGAGUUGAAGAAGUUGUGUUCGGAGGAAGGUGUGCCCUUGGGAGAUUUUGAUGGGAUACCAUUUGUACUUCGUGCUGUUAUUACAGCUGUUACAGCUGAUACCCUUGCUGCGCAUGACCUUCUUGGGUUUCUGAGCUCUGGUGCUAGGCACUUCUGUCGUUGGUGCAUGGUGUCUCGCAAGGAAAUAAGAGCCAAUGCCAAUGCCACUGGUGUAAGGAGAACACCUGAACUUCACCGUCAACAUGUUGAUAGAGUCAAGGAAAACAAGGAUUUUUCUACUGAAUGUGGUGUUAAACAGGGUUGCAAAUUGGACGAGGUGCCCUUCUUUUCCUGUGUGGAAUGCAAUGUGUUCGACUGUUUUCACGAUUUAUUAGAAGGCAUAGUUCCACUCGUGAUCAAACUUGUGCUUUACCAUUACGUUGUUGUUAAGAAGCUUUUCACUAUCUUAGACUUCAAUGCCAGAAUUGAAUCUUUCUCAUAUGGUUAUCCAGAUUCCAAGAACAAUCCAACAGCCAAUUUCAGCGAUUCAAUGAUCAGUAGUGUGAAAGAUAAGAUAAAGCAAACUGGCUCUCAAACUUGGUGUCUAGUUCGGGCAUUUCCUUUCCUUUUGAAAGAUUUUGUUCAGGAAGUGGAUGAGCAUCACAAGUUAAUAUUUCUUUUGCAAGACUUAAUGCAAAUUAUCUUUUCCUUUGAAAUAUCAGAGAGUGAUAUUAUCUCGCUUGAAUGUUUAAUUUAUCAGCACAAUGAAUUAUUCUUCAAGCUCUUCAUUGCAAGUCAAAAUAUAAACCCAGAAAUGCUUGUCGAUCACACUGAAGAAGCAGAAGUGAACAAUGAAGGCGAGGGCAGUGAAGAUAGUGAAGAUGUUGAUAAUGACCUGGAAGAACAAACUGAAACUGUGCCCCCAACGCCAGCUAGAAAGAAGAAAAAGAAGAAAAAGGAGAGAACAGUACAUGUGACUAACAAGCUUCAUCAUCUCACUCAUUACCCAGAAAUGAUAAGAAAAUUUGGAAACCCUGUCAGAAUGUGGUGCGCAAAGUUUGAAGGACGCCUAAAAAUUUUCAGACAACAUUCUUCUAUUUGCUGCAACUUCAAAAAUAUUCCCAAAACAAUGGCCCGAAUGUUUCAGCUCAGCAACUUAAAAACACUUAUCAACACCAAGGAAGAAGUUUUCCUAGAGCAUCAUCGUGGCUUCACUGUCAAUCUGGCCAACUCAUCCUACAGUAAUAUUUUGAGGCCGCUAACCAGCCAAGAUAAAGUAAUCAUUACAAAUAGUGCCAGCCUGCAUGGAGAGGAAUAUAGACCCGGUCUAUUUGUUGCGGUUCCAUCUCCAAACCGUGAUCCAUUAUUUGCUGUAAUAAAGGUAGUUGUUGUUGCUGGAAAGGACAUCAUUCUCAUUGCGGCACCUUGGAGAAAUUUAGGAGUCAGCCCUCGAUUCAAUGCAUUUGAGGUGAUUCCAGAAACUGAUAAGGAGAUGCGACAAGAUUUAGCCAUCAAUGUUCGGUCUCUUGCAAACUUCCGGUGUAUUGCCCCUUGGACAUUCCCACGUUCAAAUAAGACAUAUGUAUCUUUACGUACGGUGCUUGUUUAAGAGAUCUAAUAUCACUUAGAAUUGGAAAACAGCAGAACCAAAAGUGAACUGCAUAGUAUUUAAUACAAUUGUAAUUGUGACAAGGUCAACACAGCCCUGUGUUAAUCUACAAUAUCUCUGAAACAUCUACUUUCUUUUUUCUUCACAUCUGUAUGGUUUAAUUAAUUUAAUAGCUGGUUGAUUUUUGAGUAAUUUUUGUUUGCUUUCAAAGCCAAUGCGCUUACAAUCAAUUGGAGAUCUAUUUAAAGUGCAUCUAACUUGGUUGCUGGUGAAGUGUUGAGAAGGGGCCCAUUUUUAACAGUCACUAUUCAACUUUGUUAGGAUUUUAAGUCAGCGGGCUAAAGUGCCUCAAAUGUAAUUCUUUGAAGUGACUGUUAACAGCAGUUGUAAUGUUGUUUAUCUACGGGUAUACUACUGUGUGAAAACGGAGAUAAUUACUUCAGAGAGUUCAUACUUCAUUAGUUGGACAUUAUGUUCUAAUGAGGUUCAUGCAUCCUUUACAGUGCUUGUUUAACAGACAUAAUUUCACUUGGAAUUUUAAGACAGCGCUGGUCCAUGGAUGACUGUAUCUUAUGCACAAUUAUAACAAGGUCGACACAGCCCUGUUUUAAUCUGCAAAAUCUGUGAAGCAUCUAUCUUAUCCUUUUAUCUUCACAUCUUUAUGGUUUAACUAAUUUAAUCCCUGGUUGAUUUUUGAGGAAACUUUGUUUGACCCUUCAAAGACAACAAGCUUACGCUCAGUUGUAGAUCUAUUUAAAGUGCGUUUCACUUGGUUGCUAGUGAAGUUUUGAGAGAUUCAGGGACCUUUCUUCAAGAGUCACAAUUCAAUUUUAUUAGUACUUCCAAUCAUUGGGCUAAACUGCAUGGAAUGUAACAUACUCCUUGUUUGAUCUACACUAGUUUGAACCUUUUAUCUUAAAUCUAAAUUGUCAAAUUAUUUAUAUUCCCGCUGAAUUAGAAUUCUUCUCUGUUGCACCUUUUGGUUUUCUUUGCCAAUGGAAUAUUUUACUUAUUUUUACUGUGCAGCAAUUUAAGACUUUUUACAGUCAAGUUGAAUGUAUCAUCUCUUUAUAUUCAUGUGAAUAUGUGGGAAUUACCUUGUGUAUUUAUUUUAAAAGUUGCCCUCUAUAGUUCAGGCAUUAUUUUACUGAUGUUUUUGACAUACUGCAGUGUGUAAGAAGAGAGAACUAUUUGGGAAAUAGAGAGUUUAAACUUGGAUGGUAAACUAUAUUUUGAUUUAUAUUUGAAAGUUUAUUUCUGGAUCCUUAUCAUACAAAAGUCAAGACACGCAUGUUGAUUAAUUCAAGUGCUAAGCGAUAUCAGCUGUUGGUGUUGGAAGCAGUUAAGCAUAUUGGUUGACAUGCAGAAAAAAACAGUUUUGCAAGCACACCUGGGAACAGAUUAAAAUCAAAAGAAAAUAUUAGCAACAAAGACAAAAUAAGGAAGCAAUGCAACUGCUGGCACAACAAAGAGAGGUUAAAAACAUUAUGGUGAACAGGCGGGGAAGGAAAAGCACAACGCAAACAAUGGCAAAAGUUCGGCUGGUAUUUGGAAAAGAGAAAACAUUUAAUGAACAUGAUCGACAGCGUUUGUUAGCGUGAAUUUACAACGUGCAAUUAUCAGUUUGAAUAGUUCAGAAAGCAAAAUCGCUGCAGGGGGAGCACUUACUUUACGCUACGAUCCACCCCUCACCCUCGCCCGCCCCCCCUUCCUAAAUCCCACAGCCUGCGCUAAUUAGAGGAAACGUGUCAGCAUGCGGUCGACUGUUGGGUUGGAUCGACUAUAAGAGUCGGGUCGACUAAACUCAAAGCCUUACAAGUAAAAUACUGUAAAAUACUAGUAAACAAACAUGACAUUGCUCGAUAUGCUAAGUCUUUAUUCUGAACGGAAGACCUACGGUAGAUGGUUACAGCUUUUCGCGCUGUUUCCCGUCAUGGAGUAUUUCAACGCCGUGUUUUUUUGUGAGAAGCCCAUCAGAGAGUACUUUUGUCGGCGCAUCAUACAGAGAACAGGAGACCUGUGGAUUGCCAGGCCACCUUGCCCACGGGGCUCCCACCCACCACA